AUGGAGACUGUAUUACAUUCUAAAUCCAGUGUUGUAGACACAGAAUCCAUAUGUGGUAAGCUUAAAGUAGCAUCUGCACCUAUAAUUCCCUUGCCAUCAUCUUCAGAGGCAACAAAGCUUACUAUUCAAAUAUCAGCACCAUCUUAUUUACACUCUCUAAAAGAGAAUAAAGCUCCACCUUUUAAAAUACCACUGCAUGAAGCUAGACCAAAACUAUUGAUUGGGACAUUGGUGACAGAAAAAGAUUGCAUAGAAAUUAUUGCAAGUGCAACAGAAGAAUCCUUAAAAAGUGCCAUAGGAGAAUUUUUGGUUAAAAAGAAUGUGGUGCCCAACUACCACCUAUCUGAAAAGAACUUUCUAAUUAGCUUGAUUACGGAGGCAAUUGAUUAUGCAGCUCACAGGGGAUUUCCUCCAACUAAGCUUGCAUGUCUUAUGACUAUGUAUUUAUAUACACACAUGCAUUUUAAGUGGUAUUACUGGAUAUCACCUAUGGCAGUCUGGCAGUACUUUAAAGAAAUCAUGAUCAGGCAUACAAUUACGGAUUCACCAGAUGGCCAAGAAAUAUUUGAGCCAGAGGAAUGUUAUGAUAUAUUGUCACAUUUCCAUGCAAUGUAUAUGACAAAUUUGCCUUUAGUACAUUUGUUAACAUUUGGUAGCUAUCGGCUUAAAUUGUUGUGGCCAUUUAAAUCAAAAUAA